AUGAAUUUAUCAGACUCAAAUCCCUAUUUUACCUUAAAAGCAAUCAAAUGGGAAGGAUAAACUAUAUAGAAAGAAGUUAGAUAAUGGGAUUAAGCCAAAUAUAGAUUUCAUAAAAUAAACAUUGGAAUCAAAUUUACUUAAGAUAAUUAAAUCAUCUAUUCGAAAAAUCAAGCAAUCUUGAGAAUGUAAUUUUAAUUAUAAGUUAAAAUAAAGAAUAAAGGUACAUGAUUUUUUUGAGAAUCCAUAAUUAUUUAAUAAUGUGGAUUAAAUCCACAAACUUACCUGGUAAGGUUAAUAUGAUAAAAACAGAAAGAAAGAGGGUAAAUGGGUGGCUUUUUGGGAUAAAUCUAUAUUAAAGAAUGUUGGUGGAUACUUUAAUAAUGGAUAGAAGCAAGGGUAAUGGAAAGAUUUAUUUAUAAAUUAUUGUGAGUAAGUAAUUGUUAUUUACAUUUAUGAAUAGUUAAGCAAAAGUUGUUGAAACUGGAUUAUAUUUUAAGAGUCUUCGAAUUGGUAAAUGGAAUUAUAUUUUUAAAGAUAUUAAAAUGUAAUUAAUUUAUUAACCCUUAGAAAUGGUGGGUUAUACAAUGCUAAUGGUUAAAAGUAAGGCAAAUGGAUUGAGUUGGAUGAAAGGUUUUGUAAAUAUAAAUAAGUCACUUAUAAUGGUGAAUAUAAUUUUUAUGGUAUAAAAGUAGGUAGAUGGGAUAUUAUGUAUAAAUAUGUUGACAAAUAUGGAAUUGAUAGGGAAUAUAAGUAAAUGUAAUUAUUAUAUAAGUAUAAGGAAUACAAUUAUUAUAUUAUGUGUGUAUCAUUAGUGGUGGCGGAACAUAUGAUUAAAAAGGAAAUUAGAUAAAGAUUGGAAAGUGGAUAGAAUUAGAUGAAGAUUUUACAUUUGACAAAUAAGUUACUUAUAGUGGUGAUUAUAAUGACAAUGGAAAGAAAGUGGGCAGAUGGGAUAUUAUGUUUGCCAAUUACGGGGUGACUUAAGAUCAAUAAAUGUAUAUAUAUUAGAAGUAUAAGAAAUAAUCAAUAAUAUUUGUAUUUGUUUUAGUGGAGGUGGUUUAUAUGAUUUGGAAGGAAAUUAGAAAAAGAUUGGAAAGUGGAUAGAAUUGGAUGAAGGGUAUUCUUUAGGUUUUGUCGAUUCAAAAGAAGUAAAAUAUAAAGGUGAAUAUAAUAUGAAU